AUGACAUUAUUCUUGUUUGGAUCAUCUUCCGGAAGGAAUAAGAAAACCGGUUUGCAUCAGAAACAACAGCAGAAUAAUAACAAGCCUUCAUCAUCGGCAACUUCUAUAAGAAAUAAUAACAACAACAACAAAUCAAAGGCUUCUUCAUCUCUCCGAUCCUCAAUUCAAGAAGAUAAGAUGGAAACACAUGAUGUAAAACUGAAAGGAGGCUUUUCAAACCACGCGUCUGGAAUGAUGAAUCAACCGACAACUUGUACCUUUCAUCACAAGUCAUUACAUCAAGAAGAUGAAAACUCUCAUUAUAAGGAUGGUCAUUUGGAUCAUUCGUUGGAACCACAUGUCAGUCUGACUGUUGCUCCUCCAUUGAAUCAACUCUUACCAGAUAUUAACAAACGACCUUCUCAUGCCUUACAGAGAGAGGACUCUUUUGAAACUUUGAAAUCGCCUGAUCAUAUACCUCCAAAACUUGUUGCGUCACCAGCAAAUUCUUCCUCCUCGACAACAUCUUGUUCUUCACCUUUGAAUUCACCUCAUCAGCAAUUAGAAGAACUAGCGUCCAUGCGAAAAAAAAGCUCUCGAAUGAGCUCUACGAAUGGUGAUGAAGGGCAUGUCAAGAGUCAUGUCUUGAAGUCGAUGAAUUCGGUUCGAUUGUUGGACACUUUUCAGAAAAUGAAUAGCACUCGAACCUUAAUUAAGCAAGAUCCUGCUUUUGAAAGUAAAUUAAUUGAAUAUGAAGAGAAGAGACCAAAGCAAGAGCUGGAAGAGUGCAAAAAGAUGGUUUUCUCUCAACUGGAUGAAAUGAGAAAGGUUUCACCAACCUCUAUUUAUGACAGUGCGUUAUUAUCUGAUGCUGCUCAACAUAAAUCAAAGCACAGAGGAUCCUCUCGAGUCAUAAACGACGAUGACGAAGCAUCAGAUGAUGAAGAACAAGAGAUGGUCUAUUCGAAAAGAGAAAUUGGAAAAAUGUAUGCCAAGGAGAUUGGACGAGAAAGUUUACAUUUGAUUUGUCGAGUACGACGAAACAUGAUGAAACAAGACAGUUUCAUCCAAGAAUUGAACAGAGAUAAAAAUAUUAAGGAAAAGUUCGAAAGAAAUAUGAGCUUGUUGAAGGGUUAUGGAACGAACAAGCUGAAAGUGGCGGAGUAA